GGAUUCGACUCCCAGCAGCAGUGUUUACUAUCAGCAGACCAGCGGCAAGGCUUUUCCUUCUGAUAAGGGCUGAACAAACAGACUUGACACUGAAGAGCUCUCGGUAGCAGCCACCUGGACGGACUUUCUGGUUUUUGACCCAUUGCAGGAUAGCGGAUCCGGUCUUGAAACAUGAGCUCUGUGGCAGUGUUGACUCAGGAGAGUUUUGCAGAGCACCGCAGUGGCUUGAAGGACGUUCAGAUCAUGGGUAGUGCACCGGAGGAUGAGGCCUAUAUACCCACAUACCUGGAGGCCUUUCCUCCUUUACCGGACAAGGGCUCUCCAGGUGAGAAGUCGGGUGAACCAGCAGGUGCCUGGAGCAAAAUCAGACCCAUCAAAGCCUCUGUCAUCACUCAGGUGUUUCAUGUCCCUCUGGAGGAGCGGCGGUAUAAAGACAACAGUCAGUUCGGUGAGGGAGAAGAGGCGAAAGUGUGUCUGGACAUCAUGCAGAAAACCGGAGCGCACAUCGAACUGUCUCUUGCCAAGGACCAAGGCCUCUCCAUCAUGGUGACUGGUAAACUGGACUCUGUCAUGAAAGCAAGGAAGGAGAUUGUGGCUCGACUGCAGACUCAGGCCUCAGCAACUGUGCUUAUCCCGAAAGAACAUCAUCGAUUUGUGAUCGGAAAGAAUGGGGAAAAGUUGCAAGAGCUGGAGCUGAAAACGGCAACCAAGAUCGCCAUUCCCCGCUCCGAUGAUCCCAACGCCAACAUCCGCAUCACCGGCACCAAGGAAGGCAUUGAGAAAGCUCGCCAUGAGAUUCAGCUCAUCUCCGCAGAGCAGGACAAGCGUGCUGUGGAACGUUUGUGUUUUGAGAAAGCUUUUCAUCCAUUCAUCGCCGGUGCUUAUAAUCGACUCGUUCAAGAGCUGAGCCAGGAGACCGGAGCUCGUAUUAGCAUCCCGCCACCCAGCAUUCCCAAAGAUGAGAUCGUCAUUACUGGAGAGAAGGAAGCGGUAGCGAUGGCAAUCGCACGCAUCAGGGCCACCUAUGAAGAGAAGAAACGAAAAACGACCACAAUCUCGGUGGAGGUGAAGAAGUCCCAACACAAGUACAUUGUCGGCCCAAAAGGCAACACCCUGCAGGAGAUCCUGGAGAACACGGGGGUGUCUGUGGAAAUGCCUCCUUUGGACUCCGCAUCUGAGACCAUCAUCCUCAGAGGAGAGCCAGAUAAACUGGGCCCUGCUCUCACACAGGUCUACGCCAAGGCUAAAAGUGUUAUAGUGGCAGAAGUGAUUGCUCCGGCUUGGCUUCAUCGAUUCAUCAUUGGCAAGAAAGGACAAAACAUCAGUCGCAUUACACAGCAGCUGCCUAAGGUUCAUAUAGAGUUCACUGACGGAGAGGAGCGCAUCUGUCUAGAGGGACCGACGGAGGAGGUGGAACAAGCCCAGACUCAGAUACAGGAGAUCAUCAAAGACCUGAUGGUGAGAAUGGACUUUACAGAGAUUAACAUUGAUCAGCGUUUCCACAGACACCUCAUAGGCAAAAACGGAGCCAACAUUAACCGGAUAAAGGAGCAGUACAAGGUAUCGGUGAGGAUUCCUCAGGACUCAGAGCGCUGCGGUUUGGUUCGCAUUGAGGGUGAUCCUCAGGGAGUGCAGCUCGCUCGCAAAGAACUGAUGGACAUGGCCCAGCGGAUGGAAAAUGAACGCACGAAAGACCUGAUCAUAGAGCAGAAGUUUCACCGCACCAUCAUUGGGCAGAAAGGAGAGAAGAUCAAAGAAGUGCGGGACAAGUUUCCUGAGGUUAUCAUCAUUUUUCCAGACCAGCAACAGAAGAGCGACAUAGUGCAGCUGCGGGGGCCCAAAAAUGAGGUGGAGAAAUGUGCAAAGUUUCUGCAGAAACUCAUCGCUGAGCUGGUUGAGAGCAGCUUCUCAAUUUCUGUACCCAUUCAUAAGCAGUUCCACAAAAACAUCAUUGGCAAAGGAGGUGCCAACAUUAAGAAGAUAAGAGAGGAAACCAACACCAAGAUUGAUCUCCCAACGGAAAACAGCAACUCUGAGGUGAUUGUAAUCACGGGCAAGAAGAGCAGCUGUGAAGCCGCACGAGAACGAAUCCUCGCCAUUGAAAAAGAGCUGGCCAGCAUGAAAGAGGUGGAGGUUUCCAUCCCAGCCAAGCUGCAUAACUCUCUGAUUGGAUCCAAAGGCAGCCUGGUGCGCUCCAUAAUGGAGGAUUGUGGAGGUGUUCACAUCCACUUCCCUGCGGAGGGAUCAGGGCUGGACAGGGUCACCAUCAGAGGUCCUGCAGAGGAGGUGGAGAGAGCCAGAAAACAACUGCUGCAGCUGGCGGAGGAGAAGCAAGUCAACAACUUCUCAGUUGAGCUUCAAGCCAAGCCGGAGUACCACAAGUACCUGAUUGGCCGAGGAGGAGCUAAUAUCCGCCGUGUCCGAGAUCGAACUGGAGCACGGAUUAUCUUCCCAUCGACAGACGAUCAGGAACAGGAGCACAUUACCAUCAUGGGUAAAGAAGAAGCUGUGAUACUCGCCCAGAGGGAGCUGGAGACACUCAUCAAAAAUCUGGAUGAUGUAAUAGAGGACAGUAUGAUCGUGGAGCCACGGCACCAUCGUCAUUUCGUCUGUCGGAGAGGGCAAGUUUUGAGGGAACUGGCGGAGGAAUACGGUGGAGUUGCUGUGAGUUUUCCUCGCACAGGAACACACAGUGACAGCAUCACCCUCAAAGGACCCAGAGAGUGUGUGGACGCUGCCAAGAAACGCAUUCAGGAGAUUGUUUAUGAUUUGGAGUCGCAGGUGAGCAUGGAGGUGUUGAUUCCUCAGCGGUACCACAGAGCCAUCAUGGGCCCCAAAGGCUGCCGAAUACAACAGAUCACACGUGAACAUGAGGUCCAAAUUAAGUUUCCUGACAGGGACGAGUCUGCAGCUCAGGAGCCUGUAUCUCAAGAGAACGGGGACACAGAUCUCACCCCUCGAAAAUGUGAUAUCAUAACUGUGACGGGACGAGCUGAAAAAUGUGAAUUGGCACGGGCUGCUUUGCUUGCUUUAGUUCCUGUGACCAUCGAUGUUGAGGUUUCCUACGACCUUCAUCGCUAUAUCAUAGGACAGAAAGGAAGUGGAAUAAGGAAGAUGAUGGAGGAUUAUGAGGUGAACAUUUGGGUUCCUCAGCCUGAGCAGCAGUCAGAUAUCAUAAAGGUCACAGGACAGGUGGCCAGUGUGGAGCGAGCCAAACUCGGGCUGCUGGACAGAGUCAAAGAGCUGCAGGCCGAGCAGGAAGAUCGGGCCUUGCGGAGCUACAAAGUAACGCUCUCAGUGGACCCCAAAUAUCACCCUAAAAUCAUCGGCCGAAAAGGAGCUGUCAUCUCUCAAAUCCGCAAAGAGUACGAUGUAAACGUUCAGUUCCCUGACAAAGGUGAUGAGCAGCAGGAUGUGAUCGUGAUCUCGGGGUAUGAGAGGAAUGCUAACGAUGCUAAGUCGGCCAUCGAGCAGCUGGUGGCAGCACUGCAGGAGAUGGUGAGCGAGGACGUCCGGCUGGACCGGCGGGUUCACGCACGCAUCAUCGGAGCACGUGGGAAAGCCAUCCGCAAAAUCAUGGAGGAGUUCAAAGUUGAUAUAAGGUUUCCUCAGCCGGGUUCUGAGGACCCAAACAAGGUGACUGUCACAGGACUGCCAGAGAAUGUUGACAACACCAUUGACCAUCUGCUUAACCUGGAAGAAGAAUACAUGCUGAGUGUCACAGAAACAGAGACUAUGGCAGCUUAUAUGAAGCCUCCUUCAAAGACGAUGGGAACCGGAGGAAAUGACGAGGACAGCAGAGCCCUGGCUAAAGGCUUCGUCGUACGGGACGCCCCCUGGAACGCACAAGGCAACAAGGCACCAGACGUGAGCAGUGCUGAAGAGUUCCCAACGUUUGGAUCUGGAAUAACACCGAAACAAACGUCAGCGUGGGGACCCAAGAAGUGCUAAACAGAUGGAUUUGUUCAGAUCUCACAUCUGUUGACUCUAAAGAACAAGAACAUUCCCUAUUAUUUGCUCUCGUCUUUCUCCCGGUGCGUCUAGUUUUCAGAAGGAGCCACUUCUGUCCUCUCCUCUCUUGGCCUGAAUCGCUCGUUCACAUCGGUGGAUUGAUGUUCUUCAACACACUUCGACUGUCCACAGGCAGACGAUGUCACUUCCCGAUGUGUCUAAUGUAAAGGACAUCACCGAAAUGAAACCUCAAGUAGCAGCUAGCAUCAUUAACCGCCUGUUGUUUUGACAAACGGCUAGGCAUUGGAGGAGGAGGAGGCAGAUUUUUUUUGUUUGGACUAUUUAUUGCAAGAGAACCCGUAGUUCACUGUGUACGAGUUCUUUUUUUAAGUCUUAAAUGGUUUUUACUGGUUUUUAUGUGUGUGUGUGAGAUCCAUUUGAAUGCACUUGGUCUGUUUUCACUCUAUAAUGUAGGAGAGAUAAAGACUCCACAAUUAUGAUCUCUCUUUUAUAUUUUUUCCUCUAUUUAUUAGUGUAUUUAUAUGUCUGUUAUUUAUGAAUUUUGUUCAAUCUCUGACGGGUGUGGAUGGUUUUGAAGCAUAAAAUGGUUUUUCG